AACUAUAAGAAAGCUCAUAAGGUCAAAAUAAUAUGGUGGCCCAACGUUGUGGGUAUGGUCAUAUUGUACAUGGCCGGUUUAUACGGCUUAUACCGGGGCAUGUUUUACGCCAAACCAAUCACCAUUCUCUACAUGUAUGUUAUGGCCAUAAUUGCUGGACUGGGUGUACAGUGUGGAGUGCACCGGCUUUGGUGUCACCGGACAUAUAAGGCCAAUCGUGUCCUGCAAUACAUACUGAUGGCAAUGUUUACGCUGGCCUUUCAGGACAACAUAUACAAGUGGUCACGUGAUCACCGCACUCAUCAUAAGUACUCGGACACCGACGCUGACCCGCACAACAUUAAUCGGGGUUUCUUUUUCUCACACGUGGGCUGGUUUUUAAGCAAAAAGCACCCUGAUGUUAUUAAACAGGGUGCACUCAUAGAUAUGAAUGAUCUGGACCGCGAUCAUCUAGUUCAAUUUCAUCGACGUCAUUAUAUGAAAUUAGUGGCGAUUAUAUGGGGUAUUAUACCAACUCUAAUACCCUAUUAUUUAUGGGGCGAGACUUUAUGUGACUCUUAUUUUGUGGGCGUAAUGCUCAGGUAUUUAAUUGGCUCAAACUUUGCCAUGUGCAUUAAUUCUGUGGCACACUAUUGGGGCUACAAGCCGUACGACAGCGCUAUAAACCCUACAGAAUGUACUUUAAGGCACCUGAUGUUUGGCGAAGGUUUCCAUAAUUAUCAUCACGCUUUUCCAUGGGACUAUGGGGCCAGCGAGUACGGCCCGUUUGAAGUAUUUAACCUGGGCACACUAUUUAUUGAUUUUUUCGCAUGGUUGGGCUGGGCGUACGAUUUGCGUCGGGCCCCACCCGAGAUGGUCGAUCAGCGUAAAAAACGUACCGGCGAUUUGGGCUGGGUCAAAGGUAGUAGGCUCUAUGAAUUGUGCACGGUCAGCUUGUUUUUUGGUGUGUUAGCAUUUCCAUUUGUCAUUGGUUAUUUACUC